GUGACCCGAUUGACGGGAGAAGAGGCGCAUCUCCGAGAUAACAGUUUGUUUAUGGCGGCAGCUACACCGAAGUUGCUAUAGUUGCUAAGAUCACAGACGAAGGGACCAUUCUUCGUUGUUCUUCACGAUGGUACGCCCCAAUAAGAAAGCCAAAAACGCGGCAGCAAAUAUUUUCAACGAUAGCCAUCGAGAACAGCAGCUGAUACAGGCGCUCAGGGUUUUGGUCGAAGAGGAGGAGAAUCUCACGUGUUCUACAUCAGACACUUUCCUCGUACGGUUCAUAAGGGCCAGCCUCCAUAAUUUACACAAGUCGCAUUUGUUGGUCAAGGAUUACUUCAGAGCAAAACACGAAAGCCCUCAUGAGUUUGUUGUGAAAAGUCCGAAAACCUUCGUCCAACAGCUUCAACGAUAUGACCUUGGUUAUCCUCUAAAGGAAGUGGAUAAUUUUGGAAGAAAAGUUUUAUAUAUCAAACUUGGGGAUGUAGAUCCAGGAAAAGAGUCAUGGCUGGACCUUAUACAAAGUAUGAUAAUGACACUUGAAACGUAUUCGCUACAAGAAGACGUUCAAGAAAAGGGACUCUCAAUGAUUCUUGAUUGUACGAACUUCACACUGAAAAUAAUGAAAUGGGCGACUCCAAAAAUGAGAACUCUUAUGAAACUUCUUCAGGAAUGUAUACCAAUCAGGUUUGAAGUGUUCCAUAUCGUCAAUGCCCCUUUAGUAUUCAAUAUUUUCUACACCACAUUGAAGCCGUUUAUGAAUGAAGAAUUCAAGAGGAAACUGAACUGGCACAGUGGUAACCUUAGAACCCUCGAUCACUACAUGGACAGGGAAUUACUACCAUCAUGCCUGGGAGGUAAACUAGAAGUAGAGGAGAUUGAAGACUGGUAUAAGAUAGUUCUUGAAAAUGAAGAAUUUUUCGCUGAUUUAAGAAAAAUGGGUUACUCCACCGCAACUUAAGCUGAUUCCUGUGGAUCUCUAAGAAUGGAAAAUAGCCAAAGAAUAUGGAGGCCUGCAUAAGUUCAACUUCAUGCUGAGAACUUACACAAUUAUAAUUUUCCACCAAUAUUGUCAGCAAUAAUGUUGAAUUUAUUGUCAACAGUCUAUAUUUUGUUAGAAUUUUUGUGAUAAAUAGGCUGCUAUCGCGUUAAUCUUGAUCGUACAGUAGUGAACUUUAUAUGAUUUUAUGUUAUAUUAUAUUACUUCUAUAUUUUGUAGUAAAUAAACAUUUUUUAUGGUAUUACUUCUAUAUUUGUAGUUAUUAAAAUAAUAUUUUCUAUUCUGA